GAUAUGGGAAAAACAAUCAAGGUGAAGAGUGAAGACCCAGCAGAGUCCAAGGCUCUGAAUGGUGAAAGUAGUAAACCCGAGAUAACCAAUGAGAAGCCAGAUAACAGUGGCACCAACGGGAAGGUGGAUGAGGUUGACAAUCUUGAAGUGGCAGAGGGAGGAAAAGAUGAGGUGGAUGCUGCCAGCAUUUACUCCAUCUACAUGGAACAUGAUGCCAGGUUCUUUUUCCAGCACCCUUACGCCAGACUUUUCAUUGCCUACUUCGUGACGUUCUGCAAUUUCCUGAUCUAUGCCGAGGAUCCAGUAGCACACAGCCACAAAGAGUGUAACAUCCCUGUCAUAGGCAACGAUUUUGCCUUCGUGGGAACCAGGUACCCGCCGAAUGCAUGGAGCUUGCUGAAGGUUGUGCUCUGGCUGCUAGGCACUCUUGUUGGGGCCGUUGUUGGCAAAUUUCUUUGUCACAGAUUGCUUUUUAACCGAGUGCUGAGACUGAAGAUGUUCCGUGACAACCAGGGCUCCUGGAUGAUUAUGUUCCUGACUACUAUUUUCUGCGUGUUUAUAUUUUCCUACAUCUACAAUGCCUUCCUGCUGAUUGGUGGAACAUCUACUGAGCCGUACACUAUAUCUGGUCUCAUGUCUGUCAGAAACUCUGUGUUCAUGAAGGCUGCUGCCGUGGGAACCUGGUGUGGAGAUUUCUUUACAGCCUGGAUGGUGACGGAUAUCAUGCUGCAAGAGAAGCUGUACCCUAACUGGGCUAAACGUGCCCGUCGCUGGUGGCAGGCAGGUUACCACAGGAUUGUUCUGUUCUGGGUUGUUGUUGUCCUGUCUUCAGCUAUUGUUAUCACCGUCAUCUGCACAGAUUGGAUCAGCUGGGACACUCUCAACAGGGACUUUCUUCACACUAACGAAGUCGGACGAGCAUUUCUGGCAGCGUUCAUUCUCGUCUGUGACCUGGUUAUUGUAAUGCAGGAUUGGGAUUUCCCACACUUUAUUAGCAACCUGGAUGUAAAGUUGCCAGGUUUGAACACAGCAGACUUUAAGUUUACCAUUCCCAGGUGUCUCAGGCGAAAGGAGUGGGUGAUCCAUAUCACAGGGAAGUGGUUUAACUAUGGCAUCCUCUUCAUUGUGAUUAUCCUGGACUUGAACAUGUGGAAGAAUCAGAUCAUGUAUGUCCCUGUGGAUUUCGCUCAGUACACUGACCCAGAAGGACGUAUCCACACUACAAACGACAUGAUGUCACUGCUUACUACCAACGCCACCAUCUUGUCAUACUCCUGGAGAAACUCUACGAUCAAUCCUGACACAAACGUGACCUACCUUGCCACAGAUACCAUCAUGAAUGCCAGAUACAAUGAUUACCCAUUUGUCUGGAAAGCUUUGGCCUUCAUUCCAAGCAUUGGCGUGUUUAUUUUGUUCGGAGUGCUCAUAUUCCUUUUUGGCCGUUUUAAACCCUCAGAAAGAGAUCGUUAUGCUGGCAGGUUAAAGAAGCGAAGAAAGAAGGGAAGAUUUUCCAUGAAGUUCUGGAAAUCUCGAAAAACGGCCAGUAAUGCAACAGAAACGGAAGUCACAGGUGAUAGAUUCCGCCAAAUUCCUGAAAACUCUUCUUCAGCAUACAUGUAGUCUGCAUUGUGUGCUAGUAUAAUUCAGGCUGGUGCAUUAAAUUUGUGGGGGACAAGCCAUUGAUGUACUUCCAUGGUUAUUGUCUUUCAUAGUAACAUAAAUAUGUAGAAUUUUUGUGGACCAUUUCAAUUUAACGUUAAGCUCAAAAUGAAAUGUUUUUGUACUUUUAUGUUGCCUUCAUUCACAUUCAUCAAUUCAAGGUUUACAAAACUUCUACAAAAUACAUCGAGUAUACUGGUAUAAUGUACAAUAACGAUUAAUAUAUUUGGACGGGGUGGGUAUUUUUUUCUCUUUUUUUAGGCUGGUUUCAUUUUUAUUGAAAAUCAGGCUUCAGGUGUACCAAAUUUCCUGAUUUCAUCACAUUUAUGAGAUAUGCCAGGCUACAAGUAGAAAAUGUUAUAUUUUGUAAUAGACAGCUGACCUGGAAAAUGUUUUAUUUUGUAAUAGACAGCUGACCUAUUUUUAUGGAAAAUUUAUUUCUUGUAAAACUGGGUAGAUUUAUAGCAGAUAGAUAAAUGUAUUUUACCAAGAGAUUAAUUAUAGUUAACUUGUGGUAUGUUGUAUUUUUGUUUUACGAAAUUCAGUAAAACUAAUACAGUAUAUAGUGAAUAUGAGAGACAUAUUGAAAUGAUAUAUUUCUUCUGCAUUAGAGAAUCUCUCCUCUACAUGUGUAAUAUGUUUGAAAUAGCCAACUUCAGGAUCCCAUCGAAACCAAUUCCCAACAUAUAAUAGUCACUUUUGUUGUGUCAGUCGUCAGUGUUCUUGUACCUGGCACAGCAGUGGUAUUUAUAACACAUGCAUAUACAUACAUACAUGUGCAAGUUAAAAUUUUACAUUUUUAUCACACUGCACAUAUGAAAUUCAUAUUGCAUGUAUUGAUAUUUGUUAUGUUUAUUGUUGGUCUGCAAUUAACACUUACCAGUAACCUGCAACAUCAGUGUGGAUCUGAAUGGGCAUUUCUGGUAGCUUACACAUAUAGGCCUGCCUCAUUUUUAAACGUGGUUGAUAUUGUAGUUGUUUAAAGGAGAGUUUUGCAUUCAGAAUGUCUAUAAAUAGUAGGUCACAAAUAAUCUAUAAUCUUUCUCCUGUUGAUAUUUAAGACAGUAGAUAUCUUCAUGGCAUUUAUAAAUGAAAGUACCUUUCCAGAGUAACUAGCUUAUACACCUGUAUUAAUGAAACAUGGCAGUGUAUUGUGAACGUCUCGUCCACGAAUAUCAAGGUCUUCUACACUGUAAAUGAACAUUUUAUCAUUUAGUAUUGAUAAAGAUUGUAAAACAAUGUUAUCUGCAAAGAUUCUGCAUAACUACACUGGUUACGUUCCUUAUACAUGUGCAACACAGCCAUAAGUCGUAUAAGUAGUUAUCUCCCUUAUUUCUAUGUUGAAUUCCCAGAUAGUUCCAGAAUUUGUCUACCAGAUUUUAGUUAAUAUAGAGUCGUAUUGAAAUGACAUGUUUAUACAUUAUAGAAUCUCUCUUCUGCAUAUGUGAAUCGGUGAAAUAUUUCACUGCAGCAUUUGCUUAUAUUGGUCACAUUGGGUUAAAACUUAAUUCAUUUUUUUGGGAAAUAUGGAAAAAUAUAAUAAUUGUUGUUUAAUUAUCUUGAUAAUAUCAUAAUCACGCCACACUUUUUAUUCUACUAUCCAGUUGUGAUGUUUCGAGUGCUUGUUACAGUGAAGAAACAAGACCUUUGAAAUGUUUGUGAUACGUUUCUCAUGUUCCGUAUUCAGAUUAUAUAUACAUUGGUGGUGAUGAAGUGUGCUUACAGUUUGGUAAUAUCUGUGAUAAACCCGACUAUAUCAGGAUGAUGUUCACAAGUUAAAAUGGUCUGUUACUUUAUUGAAAGAACAUUUGUUAAAAUUAAGAUAGUAUGAUAGUGCAAUGUCACUGUUAUUUUAUGGAAGGAACAUUUGUUCAACUUAUAACAGUGCAGAAAGGCAAUUUCAUUUUGUUUUAACGUUAAUCUGAUUGCUGUCUGCAUUAUAUAAAAGAUUCAUGAAGCUAAUUUGCAUCAUUGGAUUACGUAAAGUGAGGUUCCACCUGUCAGCAGAACUAUGUACAUAUACACUGUCAGCUGUCAAUCAGGAGAAACCAAGCUUGAUGGAUAUAUAAGGCACAUUUGCAUACGUCUUUUUGAUAUGUGGUAUAUGCGGUAAGUUGUAGAUACACGUUUCAUCUGUUUCUGUUGUAGUUUUACUGUGAGUUUGGUACAUUAUUUAUUUUAAAGCAUUACUCCCUUUGACUCAGCUCAUUGUACAUUGUUAAAUUUACCAGUUUAUUUUCAGCACUUGAAAGUAAAGCUGUAUUUAUUUUUAUAGUAGACUUUUAGGGCUUUAGUAUACUUGUUUUUGUUAGAAAAAGCAAGCAUUUUUUAAACAAAGCUUCUGGAGUGUGUUAAAUUACGUGUUCUAUUAGUUUGACUAUUCUGAUGAAAAUUUUUCACUUGGUUGAUGGAGAUACCAAAGGAGGAAUUGCUAAUAUUACUCCAGAAUGAGUAGAGAAGAAUUUUUCUCCAUUUUGUUAUGAUUGUAUAAUAAAUAUCUUAAUGUGUUAGUAAGAGAUUAUUCUUAUUAGUAACAAAAUAGAAGUUUGUAUUUUCCUUUGUAAUAUAUUUUAUUUUAAAGUGUUAAGCUAUGCACCAUAGAAGCCUCAUGAAGAAAAACGUACCUGUUAUAAGAGUUUCCUUUUAAGAAUCAAACCUGAAUAAAAUGUAUACUUUUUAUAUAAUUUGCUAAUAAAUAAAUAUAACCUAGUAACAAGAGAAAUAUGUGGUUGUUUAGUCUCUCAGCUUAAAUACAUGUAUCAUCGCACAGGGACAGUUGACAGUUGUACUACAUGUAGAUACUACUUCACUAAUACAUGACUUACACCGACAUUGUGUACGCGGGUAAAAUAGAGGUCAUGUCCAAAAUUCCAUAGCUUAUGGAAGAUUUAUUCUGGUACAUGUAUCGGGUUUAUACAUUGGCUGUUAAACCUGCUGGAAAUGCUGAAUUCUGCAAAAAGCUCAAUAAAGAAA